UCCCCCGCGGACCAACCGAAACGUUUUAUCAUGAAGGCGAUUUAAUUAGCUACAUUUUAUUAUUUGUUAUCAAUCUAAGCAUCAGUACUGGAAUGCGACGACUAGUAAAUAAGACCCGAGUCUCUUCGCGCGUACAAUAACAAUUAUCGUAUCAUUAGGUCCAACGCAUCCAGUCAUGUUUCUUUUGCAUCCGCUGCUGCAGAUCUCUGUUCUGCUGGAUGCGGUUUCUGCCAGCCCUACCGAUGAUAAUGUGCUGCGGGCCGGUCAUGGAGAACACGGAGAGCCGGGGCAUGAAGAACCCCAUAAGGAUUCCUACAGUACAUUCGCCUCCGAGUUCCUCGAGUCCAGAUACCUCUCAGACGAAGGUUACCCCUUCCCAGCUGCACCCCCUGUAGACCCAUUUGCCCGCAUCAAAGUUAGCGACUGUGGAAUAACCAAAGGAUGCAUCAGAUAUGGCAAACCAGGCUGUGACGCAGAGACCUGUGACUACUUCCUGAGUUUCAGACGCAUUGGCACAGAUGUGGAAUUCGAGAUGAGUGCAGACACUGAUGGAUGGGUUGCUGUCGGUUUCUCCUCUGACAAAAAAAUGGGAGGUGAUGAUGUCAUGGGCUGUGUUCAUGACGAUAACGGACGUGUACGGAUACAUCAUUUCUACAACGUGGGCCAGUGGGCCAAAGAGAUCAAGCGCAACCCGGCGCGGGAUGAGGAGGGCAUCUUUGAAAACAACCGCGUCACGUGCCGCUUCAAACGGCCUCUUCACGUGCCACGGGAGGAGACGCUGGUGGACCUGCACCUCAGCUGGUACUAUCUGUUCGCUUGGGGACCUGCCAUUCAAGGUUCCAUCACAAGGCAUGACAUCGACUCCCCACCGGUGUCAGAUCGCAUGAUUAGCAUCUAUAAAUAUGAGGACAUUUUCAUGCCCGCCACAGCCUAUCAGACAUUCUCCUCUCCCUUUUGCCUCCUCCUCAUCGUUGCUCUUACCUUCUACCUACUGAUGGGCACACCAUAACCAGCGAAGCCAUGUCACUGAGAGAAGAAAUGAAUACAACAAACUAUGGAGCCACCAUAGCAUGACUGCGUGCCAACUUAACAGUAUUAGAAACAGGCAGCAAUAAAUUGUAAUUCUAUAAUAUCCUCAAUCUACGUACACUAGAAAGGUAUUUGGACUGUGGAUUAAUAUUCAGUUAUAUACAAGCAAUGAUUCUCAUUUAGAGGUCAACCAUACACUUAUUAUAUAUUACAAUAUAUUUUAUUUUGAUGAAAGAGUAGAGAAACCUCAAGUGGUAUGUUAUGGUAGGUAUAGCCUACAAUAGUUGAAACAAUCUGAGCCAAAUUAAUGUUAAUAUUCAGUAUACUUAAAGUGCAGUCACAUUAGUGAACGUUCAGUAAAAUGUUGCGUUCAAGAAAGUCCAUUGUAUAUCAUUGUCAGACCAUCAGCUUUCUGUUGGUCAAAGCUGUGAAUCCAAAAUCUGUAUGGGGAAAUCU